AUGUACCUGUACAUCUACCUGUACAUCUACCUGUACAUCUACCUGUCCAGCUACCUGUACAUCUACCUGUACAUCUACCUGUACAUCUACCUGUACAUCUACCUGCACAUCUACCUGUACAUCUACCUGUACAUCUACCUGUACAUCUACCUGUACAUCUACCUGUACAUCUACCUGUCCCUCUACCUGUUCAUCUACCUGUACAUCUACCUGUACAUCUACCUGUACAUCUACCUGUCCAUCUACCUGUACAUCUACCUGUACAUCUACCUGUACAUCUACCUGUCCCUCUACCUGUACAUCUACCUGUACAUCUACCUGUACAUCUACCUGUACAUCUACCUGUACAUCUACCUGUACAUCUACCUGUCCCUCUACCUGUACAUCUACCUGUACAUCUACCUGUACAUCUACCUGUACAUCUACCUGUACAUCUACCUGUACAUCUACCUGUACAUCUACCUUUCGUCCAUCUACCUGUACAUUUACCUGUACAUCUACCUGUACAUCUACCUAAACAUCGUGUUCAUGAACGGCGUCUUCCACAACGACGUGUUCAUGCACAAUGGUCUUGAACAGCAUAUUCUUGAACGGCGUGUUCUUGAACACUUUGUUCAUAAACAGUGUGUUCCUAAAUAG